AUGGGUUGCUAUUUUCAGGGAUCGGUGGUGGUUGAGGCCUUGCAGUUGGUGUUGGGUACGUUGAGUUGGCAGUGGGUGAUUAUGGGUGGUGGUGGUGGUUAUGGCAGUGCAGUUGGUGUUGGGCAAAGUGGGUUUGCAGCUGGUGGUUAUGGAAAUGGGUUGAAAUUUUUGGGGUUCAUGCUGUGGUUGUGGCAGUGCGGCUGGUGUUGGCAUGGUGGAUUUGCAGUGGGUGGUGGUGGCAGUUGGAAUUUGUGUGCAUUGCGGCAAGGUAGAAGUGGCUGCAGCAGGGCAACAGUGUGUGGUGGGCCUGGUGGUGAUAUGCAGGGUGUAGGUCUUGCAAUUGAAACUAGAGGAGGUCAAUCCGACCUUGAACCUAAGUUGUUUGGGGUAAGAGCCUUGAUCUUUGGUGCUAUAUGGAUCAUUAUUGGAAAACGUGUUUGGUUUUUCCCUAACAUACUUGCAGAGGAAGCGACACUCCAGGAGUUGUUCCGUUUUUGGCCCCAGAAAGAUGAGGAGGAGCGACCAAAGUGGACAGCAAGGCUUUUCUAUGCAAUAGUGGCUGUGCUGGUCAUAUUAAUUUUGAGGCACCAUGCACCUGAUGAGGCUGCUAGAGCCAGAUAUCAGAAGCGGGUUUCUAACAUUAUUGAUGAUGUUCUAGAAUGGUCUCCAAGAUUGGCUUUGUCAGGAAUGAUGGAGAAGCAGCAAACAGUGGUUAAUGCCACCGAGCCUAUCGAGAAUUUUACAGAGGGUAGCGAAACAAGCUCAGACAAGGUGGUUCCCCCUUAUAACAUGGAUGGAGAAGCAGUCUCUGAACAACAAGAGGAGGAUGAAGAAGUGAUUGGAAACGUGGAAGACACUUUAUCAUCAUAA